AUGAGCGGCAAAACGGCAUUCAUGGCCGGUGCGCCAGCUGCUAAGAAACCUACGACAUCUCCGCCUCCAAGCCUUACCGCUCCCCUGGAAUUCGAUGUGAAGGCGACAGCCAUGAAAGGUGCUUCCCCGGUGCCGACGAAGCGAGAACUUCCAACCUCGAAGCCCGUGACUUCGAGAGGCCAAGCCCAACCCGUGCAGCCCGGACCGGUAGAGACGCCGAAGCAACCCGGACCGGUACAGAUGCCGAAGAGUGCUGCCAAGCCUCCUCCAGCCGAAGGCAGCAGAACCAGCAGUCUGGCAGUCAUGGGCCGUCCGCCAGCCUCGGGACAAGCUGGCUUCCCGAAAGUGCCGGUGCCGAUAAAGCAAUGUCCCAACACACCCACGAAGCAAGCAGUGAAGAGCCAGCCAACAGCUGAUGAUGUUACCAUGGCGAGCCCACCUGUGCCAAAGGCCUCCCCAAAGCCGAGCCCAGCCAAGGAUGUGCACAUGUCGGGUUCUACGCCAACCCCUGCCAAAGUUGGGACACCUUUCAAGCCAGGCUACACGCCCGUCAAGAGCCCGGACUACAAGAAAGCCCGGAGGGCACUCUUUGAAGAUGCCGCCGAGGUGCCGGAAAGCUCUGCUUCGAAGCCUGAUCAACUGCCAGGCUGUCUCAUGAUCAUGCAUUGGGUGUCUGCCAAGUACAGCCAAAGCCAAGCUUCGCCGGCCGGGGUGCAGCCCAUCCGCAGGCCGGACAGCCUCACCACGGUGGCUCGCUCAACAAGCACUCUGGUGCUGGGGGACUUUCCGCGAGAGGAGGAGGACCCCUCGACAGGUGUCCGGAGGUUGAUCUUCGAGGGCUACUAUGGCAUGCCGUGCCAGGACAAGCAGUGGCCCCCUCUUGAAGAAGCUAUUCGCUUCCAAGACGCUUCGCCGAUGAUGUCCUGGAUCAAGGACGCCCUGCCUCGGCAUCCGCAGAAUGGUGUUGUGAUGGAGGAUGACAUCAGGACCGACUUGCUGAUGGACUCGGAUGGCCUAAAGUACUUAAUGCUACUCGUCAACGGAGCUUGGACAAAGGUUUCUGAGUAUGAGGCUCUGAAGGCCAAAACCGCAGCCGUGGCAGAGGCAGUCCACAACCAAGCCGAGAACAUGAUCCAGAAGCUUCGGCAACAGUUGGACAACGGCGAAUUGGGCGAGGACCUACUGCACAAACGUGCUACAGCCACGGAGCAGUGGAGGUCCAAGAAGAGCAAAGAGAUCCAGGAUCACCUGGAGCGGGCGGAGUUGGCUGCACUCGUGGCCAUCGACAAAUCAGUCGAUCCCCUCUUGGGCAAGUGGAACCUGUUCAACGAGUUUGGUUGGAUGCAAACAACGACGAUCGAGGAGGACAUAGGCGAGCAGCUCUUCAUGGACGAGCUGGAGGAGCCGUCGUCGCUCCCGCUUCCGGAGACCUUGGUGGACACGCAGGGAACAGGCAACCAGGCUAUGGAAGGAGUGGUUUCGCAGCCCAUGCAAGCAGAAGCCACGCAGGGAACACGCGACCAGCAGGAAGCCAUGCAGCAAGGACCGGAUUCGGAGUCGGGGGUCCCUAUGCAAGCAGACGCAAAUCUAGCAGAGGCCACACAGGGAACACGCGACCAGCAGGAAGCCACGCAGCAAGCACCAAAUUCGGAGUCAGGGGUCCCGAUGCAAGCAGACGCAGAGGCCACACAGGGAACAGGCGACCAGCAGCAGGAAGCCACGCAGCAAGCACCAGGUUCGGAGUCAGGGGUCCCGAUGCAAGCAGACGCAGAGGCCACACAGGGAACAGGCGACCAGCAGCAGGAAGCCAUGCAGCAAGCACCGGAUUCGGAGUCAGGGGUCCCGUUGCAAGCAGACGCAGAGGCCACGCAGGGAACAGGCGACCAGCAUGAAGCCGUGGAGUCAGGGGUCCCGACGAUGCAAGCAGAUCAAGCCACGCAGGGAACAGGCGACCAGCAGCAGGAAGCCAUGCAGCAUCCGGAUCCAGGGGUCCUCCAGCUGGCCCCGGUUGAGGCUCGCAGCAAGACGUCGGCCAGGACGGAGGCCGUUUUCAAGGCAUUGGAGAAGCCCAACUCUUUCGAUUUGAAGGACCCGAGUUUCGUUGGAAAGGGUGCUAGUCCCGAGGAAGCAUCGCUUACCCAGAAGGAAGGCGAAUCCACUGAGGAGUGGAUGACGAGGGUGGCCCACAAUGUCUUCAUGAAGUUCCACCGGUCCAUCCGCAGCACGAACUGCCCACCGGAGGUUGCAGAAGCCGCCAGCAAGGCAACGCGAGGCUCUAAAGUGCUGGACGACAUGUUCAAUGAGUACCUCAAAGCUGGUGGCGAUUGGCUCAGCUCGAGCAUCUGCUGCAAGGCAGAAUCUACCGUAGAGCACAUCAUGCGAGGCGAGGAGCAUUACAUGAGAUUGUGUGACCUACGGGCCAAAGAGGGGGACCAGCAUGCAGAGGAGAUUUACCGCUCAAAGAUGGCCCUCCAAGACGCCCUUCCCGAGGAUAGUCAGGAGUGGACGUUGGUACGGACAUUCAAGGAGGCGGUCUUGACGAAAAACGACAAGUCUUCGAAAACGACGACCUUGCAGACCGACCAGAUGCAGCUCGAUGCGGGGGCCACUCGAGCGGCGAUGACCACCAUGGCCCACGGCCUCGAGAUUGCAAUGCCGGGCGGCUCGAAUGCGGGUUCCAGCUCCGGCCUCACACGCAGGCCGUCCUCGAUGGCUUUGCCGCUGGCUCUUGGGGAUCAGGAGGCAGGCUCGACCCUGGCAACCCAACCGGAAACCAUGGACAAGAAGAAGAAAACCGCCCUCACGAACCAGUGCAAGAACAAGAUUGCCCUGGCUUCCACAAAGCUAGAGGAGUCGAGUGUGCUGCAGGAGGAGAUCGCCGGGGCCAAGGAUAUGUCGCAGCCGAUCCGCGAAGGCUUCCUCACGGAUCUCAAGAACCACAAAGAGAGCCUUCAGCAAGCCAGGGACAAGCUGCAGGCUGAGGUGGACAAGGGCUCGGGUGAUCGGCUUCAGGAGCUUUUGGACGAGGUCACACAAAAGAUUACUAACUAUGUGCAGUCGACGAAUGCGAUGAAGAAGAUGUCGGCAGGGCCGAAGGCCAAAGCGAAGGCGAAGGGCCGCGGCGGCAAGAAGAAGUGA